AUGCGUCAUGCCUCGAACUGGUACGAGGUCGGGAAUGACAUGCGAUUAGCCCUGAGCACAUCUGUUGUUCGACAAUUUUUGUCCGGUUCUGUUUUUAAGGAUUCGAUCGACACUCUCAUCUCCUGCUGUCAAAAGUCAUCUACUCCGGAGAAACUUUUACCAAAUUCCGUAUCAAUGAAAAUAGUGUUACAAAUUUUGUUGGCUUCUUUCUUUGCCAGCGGCUACGCACAGUAUGGUGCCAUCUACGGUUUCGAGUACGGUUAUGGAAUUCCACCUCCCGUACCACCACCACCAUAUCCUAUUUAUCAGCCUUAUGGAUAUGUGUACGGAUAUGAUCCGCAGCCUGGUUCAGUGGAAAGCAUUGUCGGAGGAGCUUUAAUGGGUACAGCGUUCGGAUUGUUGUUUGGGAAGAAGAAGAAGAACUUCUGGAGCGCAUUAUCUUUCAAAAUCAAAAUGAGUUUAGCCCAUCGUCUCAUUUUUGAUGAUCUGUCACCUCGUCGUCCCAAUCCACAAUUCAAACAGAUUCUCUUCCCAAGAAAGAAAAUGAACUAUUCACUUCUAUUCGUUACCGUUCUCGCACUGUUCUGCUCACCAGGCAUUGCUCAGUAUUCCUAUUACUACGGUUACUCACCAUACUAUUGGUACCCCGGAUACGGCUAUGGAUACGGAUACGGUUAUCGAAGAGGACAAGUUGCCAGAGGUGCCCUUGCUGGCGCAGCGAUUGGUGGACUUGUCGGCGCAUUGGCUGGGAAAUGA